AGAGACCUCAGGGCGAGAAGCUGGGGACAGUGGGAGCCUCCACUGUGAGCAGAGAAGGGCCCGAAACUAGCACAGGUUAGACAGAUGCACUUGCACAACACGGGAGACCCCGGGCCCCCAGGUGAGCACCACGCCCGCACGGCACGGGGUCCCCCAGGUGAGCACCACGCCCGCACGGCACGGGGUCCCCCAGGUGAGCACCACGCCCGCACGGCACGGGGUCCCCCAGGUGAGCACCACGCCCGCACGGCACGGGGUCCCCCAGGUGAGCACCACGCCCACACGGCACGGGGUCCCCCAGGUGAGCACCACGCCCGCACGGCACGGGGUCCCCCAGGUGAGCACCACGCCCGCACGGCACGGGGUCCCCCAGGUGAGCACCACGCCCGCACGGCACGGGGUCCCCCAGGUGAGCAGCACCCGCACAGCAGGGGUCCCCCAGGUGAGCACCACGCCCGCACGGCACGGGGUCCCCCAGGUGAGCACCACCCACACGGCAUGGGGUCCCCCAGGUGAGCACCACGCCCGCACGGCACGGGGUCCCCCAGGUGAGCACCACCCGCACGGCACGGGGUCCCCCAGGUGAGCAGCACCCGCACAGCACGGGAGACCCGGGCCCCCAGGUGAGCACCACGCCCGCACAGCACGGGGUCCCCCAGGUGAGCACCAUGCCCGCAUAGCACGGGAGACCCGGGCCCCCAGGCUGCCCACACUGAGGGGAUUUCUGAAGCACAUUCUUAGAGGGUCAAGCGCCCCGCGGAAGACCCCACGCACGCAGGGGUGAACUCAGAAUCACUGUAAAAUCACCCUCACGACGACAGUGGUGAGGAAUGAACGAGACACUGGACCACAGUGGGCUGGAAACUGGGUGCUGGAACUAAAUGGUUCUGAGGUCAUUUUUAUGUGGGGGUGUCUUCAGAUGCUAUUUAAAAUUAGGUCCCCUUAUGCUGAAAUUGCAAGACGGGGGCCAGCGCUGUGGCGCAGCGGGCAAAGCGGCUGCUGUGGCACCGGCAUCUGUGUGGGCGCUGGUUCAGGUCCCGGCCGCUCCAGCUCCCUGCUAACGCACCUGGGAGAGCAGCAGAGGACGGCCCAGGGGCUCGGGUCCCUGCACACACGUGGGAGACCUGGAAAAGGCUCCUGGCUCCUGGCUCCGGCUGUUGUGGCCAUUUGGGGUGUGAACCAGAGGACAAAAGACCUGUCUGUCUGUCUCUUUCUCUCUGUAACUUUGCCUUUCAAGUGAAUAAAUAAAUCUUUAAACAAAAACGAAAA